CUUUACCCGCAUGCAACCCCGAUCCAUGAUCUCGGACACGUUGAAGCCAUAAUUGACUGCCCAUAUUGUGGCACAAGAGGCAAGACGAAGACAAACCUGACGAGCGGUAAUAUGAACCAUGCAUGGGCAGGUUGCUUGUUUGUCAUCACAUUUAUAUUCGCUUUUGUCCCAUACAUGUGUAGCAGCCUCAAGAAUGUCGAGCAUCGAUGCAGGAGCUGCGGCAAGAGGCUUGCGAUCUGGCAUCGUAGUGGACACACACAGCUC